GCAUCUUGUGAAGCUCAGACGCUUCUUCCUCUCCAUUUCCACCAAUUGUAGAGAGAGAAGCUCCGAGACGGAAGAGAGAGAAAGAGUGUGCAGAGAAGAACAGUUGUCGUUCGCUUCCUCAGACGACUCAGAUUGCUUGUUUCUUCUUCAACGCUUUCAACACUUGUUUGUGAACCACCAACGAUUCAAAUGCAACCAUCAAUCAAUCUCUUACUCACGACGCCACAACCACCUCCACCACCACCUCUGUAAUUAUCUCUGCUUCUUGUUCUUGUUCUUGUUGUUCUUAUUUACUUCCAUGGCUUCCUUUGCUGUUGAAUCUCCUUUCUGUACUUGGCUUGUUGCCGCUUGCAUGUCCGCCACUUGCUUUAAGGACCAUUCCGUUAAUGCCUCCAUCCGUCAUUCUUCCAAAAGAUUGACAUCCACCUCAAGGAGGAAGCUGCAAUCUAAAUGUUGUAGUUUCACCUCCCAAUUCAAUGCUGGAUUGGUUUCUUCUUUCAGUGGAUUCAAUAUUCAUGGCCUAAUGAACUCAUGCCUUGCUUUCGAGCCCUGCGAUGAGUACUGUAGCAGUAGUUAUGCCCUUUCUUCUCUCGCCUCCGUAGGUAAUAAUGGCUUCUCCUUACUUUUUGGACCUAAGACUCUCCCCGCUAACCGUCGGCAGAAGCGUGCAAAUCGGGCUUCACGUUCAGGUGAGACUGUCGCUAUAGCUGUUCAGCCAGCUGAAGAUGUGGGAAGGAAAAAGAAACACCAUACAAAACAAAGAAGAGUAGUUGUCACUGGAAUGGGUGUGGUGACGCCUUUGGGCCAUGAUCUUGACAUCUUCUACAAAAAUUUGCUGGAGGGUGUCAGUGGAAUUAGCGAGAUUGAGGCAUUUGAUUGUUCCCAGUUCCCCACCAGAAUUGCUGGAGAGAUUAAAACUUUCUCUACUGAUGGAUGGGUUGCACCAAAAUUCUCUAAGCGGAUGGAUAAGUUCAUGCUUUACAUGCUUAUUGCUGGAAAAAAAGCCCUAGAGGAUGGGGGAUUUACAAAAGAGCUUAGAGAAAAGUUGGAUAAAACUAAAUGUGGAGUACUGAUUGGUUCAGCAAUGGGAGGCAUGAAGGUCUUUAAUGAUGCAAUUGAAGCAUUGCGAAUUUCAUACAAGAAGAUGAAUCCUUUCUGUGUUCCAUUUGCAACUACAAACAUGGGUUCUGCCAUGCUAGCUAUGGAUCUGGGAUGGAUGGGCCCAAACUAUUCAAUUUCUACUGCUUGUGCUACGAGCAACUUUUGUAUACUAAAUGCUGCUAAUCACAUAAUUAGAGGCGAAGCUGAUCUAAUGCUCUGUGGAGGUUCAGAUGCAGCAAUUAUACCAAUUGGUUUGGGAGGGUUUGUUGCUUGCAAUACACUUUCACAAAGAAACAGUGAUCCUACCAAAGCUUCAAGGCCUUGGGAUAUUAAUCGUGAUGGAUUUGUUAUGGGGGAGGGGUCUGGAGUUUUGCUUUUAGAAGAAUUAGAGCACGCAAAGCAACGCGGUACCCAAAUCUAUGCAGAAUUUCUUGGUGGAAGUUUCACUUGUGAUGCUUAUCACAUGACCGAACCACACCCUGACGGGGCUGGAGUUAUUCUGUGCAUAGAGAAGGCAUUAGCUCAGUCUGGAAUAUCUAAGGAAGAUGUGAAUUACGUUAAUGCUCAUGCGACAUCUUCACUGGCUGAAGACGUCAAAGAAUAUCAAGCUCUUGUACAUUGUUUUGGCAACAACCGUGAGUUAAAAGUGAACUCCACAAAGUCUAUGGUUGGCCAUCUACUAGGGGCCGCUGGUGCCGUUGAGGCUGUUGCUACCAUACAGGCCAUAAGAACAGGAUGGAUCCAUCCAAAUAUUAACUUAGAAAACCCAGAUAAAGGCGUGGACACAAAUAUACUUGUGGGCCCAAAGAAAGAAAGAUUGGAAAUCAAGGUGGCUCUGUCCAACUCCUUUGGCUUUGGCGGCCACAAUUCAUCCAUCCUAUUUGCCCCCUAUAAGUGAAACUCUGAAAACUGAAAUGGGAGUCGUCCAGCCUAAUGUGUACAAGUUACUGACUAAUGUGGGGAUAUUCGCAAUGGUCUGUUAUAAUUGUUUCAUAAGACACACAGCAACGCAAAUCGGUAGGCCGUUCAAUUGCUUGUGAUCGAGCAGGAUACAGGCCAAUGAUCGUCUGGUUAAACAUUAGAACAUUUUCCAAACAGUUGUGUAGUACUAUGAUGAUUUUGACGAAUUAAGUUAGCUUCUACACCGUUGAUAAACAAUACCCAAAAAACAAAACAAAACAAAACAAAACCAGGCCCUUCUACUCUGCUGCAAUAUUUUCCAUGUAGAUGGAACCCCUAAUUGAAGAGGUGUUUUCAUUAAACAUAUCAUAUGCUUUUAUAUAGCAAUAUUUUUCCUCA